AUGGCCACCCCAACACAUGAACAGCUCAAAACCCUCGAACAAUCCCGCCAGCGAUUGGUGCAGCUCACGCGCUCCCUGGCGUCCCUUAUAGGAAGUCUAAAUCAAAGCGAUCCUCUGCCAUCCUGGUCCUCCCUCCAAUCCCAAGCAAGCAUCAUCUCAAACAACCUCCUCAGUGUCUCCGACCACCUCUCCGACAACCGUGAGCUCCUCACCUCUCUUGUCGCUUACCCGGGCCCCGACUACCCGGGCCGUACGCAGGCCAACACGCUCGAACAGCUUCUGCGGACGAAACUCGACCCCCGCGUCGAGGACUGGGUUGCGCGCGGUCGCAAGGCGGGCGCGUCUGCGCUGGAGGAUAAGUCGGCUGGCGGAGGCGGAGCUGGCGGAGUUGUGGGAUUGGGCACCUGUGGAGGCGAACGAGGAGGCGAGACGCAGGAACUGGGGGUGUUGGAGGAUGAGGGGAGUGAGAGUGAGGAUGAGGAGGAAGGGGAGGAUGAUGAGAUGGAGAUUGUCGGUGUUAGGAGGCAGUCUGCUGGGGCUGGGUUUGAGUUUGAUAUUGCGCCUGCACAGCAUCACCAGCAGAAGUUUGUGGAGCCUGCGGUGCCGUUGGAGGAUAUUUUGAGGUUUAUGACCACUGGAGCGGAGCCUGGGAAGAGGUAA